GGGAAUCGAACAACUGGAGCGCGUGAUAUCUUCUAGUAUCAACGUGGACUUAUCAUUACUGUACUUUAGAUACUGGUCACAUUGUUAUCGUUUCCCUAUAUGGAUAUCAACUUCCUUGUAAAUUUAAGGGGUUAACAUCGAAAGCCAGUCUUAAAAGGUUUUACUAAAUCGUAGCAACCAUCUCAAUCUGGUUACUAUUGUCAUCUGGUGUUUAAUGAUACACAGAUAAAGCAACAUAUAAAAUUAUUGAGAAUGCAAAGUCUCAAGUAACUAAUCAUUUUGUACAAAUCAGCUACUCUGUAAAUUAAGUGUAAGUCAAUUAUUUUGGGUUGAAUGCUAAGUCGUCGUAUCACUACCUGAGCUAUGUUGAGUUUUGUUGUGACUAUCUGUUUCUAAAGGAACGCUUACCAAAAAGUCAUCAGAGGUAACUUGAAAUGUUAAUCAAUCUUCAUUGAUCAUCCUAAGGGGUUAUCAUUUUUCAUGACCAGCUUUUAUGCGAUCAACCUUGAAAGGUAAUUUAGAUGUAUACAUAACCACUAACCAGCGUAAACUACUGAUUAGAUUUACUUAUCUUUAAAUAUUCAGUAGUCGUAUCAUAGUGUGACAAACUAAGUAAGACUAAUACUUAGAUGAUGGAGAGUAGAAAAUUCAAACCCUUCGAUACAGUCAUAAACUAUAACGAAGACUUCAUUUCAGGUAGUUUUUAAUUCGAAUUGAAUUUAUCCAAUUUUAGAUUCCGAAGUACACAUUAAGACAAGUUCUUCAAAAUAUGGUUUUUGUAGCUAUCUAGGUACCAAGGAAGAAAAAGAAUCACAGUCGCUAAAUAGUACUGCUGCUCUCGGAUCAUUUGUUCAGGGUCGGGACAGAAGCCGAAAACUUUUAAAUUCAAAUGUUAUUACAAAUCUUCAGAGUCCUGAAAACAAAAACUUAUUUCAAAACUCAUGUUUCCCCAGUGAACCGUUAAGAUUCAUAGGUUAUCGACCCAUAUUCGGUUCUGCGAAUUAUAUUGACUUAUGUUCUUUCGAUGAUCAUAAUCGUCUCAAACCUUUUGAAUUAUCAUUUCUAGGUGUUCCUCUCUUCAGUUCUUCGACCCAUUCCUAUUAUUCAGAUGAACGUAUUUACAACACUGCCAAACAACAAACUAUGCUUGUAUCAAGCUCUCUUACCAACAAGUCCAAGAAGGGACGUGUAAGAUCACUUUCUGAAUUAUCGCUUCAACACGUCUGUCAUAAGGGAAAAAGAAGUGAAACUGAAGCAGGUGAUCAUUUAUCUUGUAAUCAUUAUGAAAAGGAACUGAAUUACCUUCGGCAGGAACUUAUGGCGCGCAAUGAAGAGGCAGAAAAGAUUGCGCAUGGACUUAUGCAUGAAAAGAAUGAAGAAAAACAAUUUGGUAGUCAUUUACGCGAACUAACAAAAGAGGGUUCUGCUAAGACAGAUACUAUUAAUAAGUUAAAAGAAAAAGUUUCUGAGCUAUAUGUUGAAGUGGAAUCCCUUCGACAUUCUCAUCAACAAGCCAUCUAUCACCAAGAAGAUUUACAGAAGGAGAUCGACAUUUUGAAGUGUUCACGUGAUUGGUACGCUAAUCAGCUUCGUUCGGUUCAGUGUGUCAGUGAUCGUGUUCAAAAUGAACCUGAAAGAAUUGUCAACUUACUAAAGGAUAGCAGUGAAAUGAAUCAUCGUCUGGCACAUGAAAAUGCUUGUUUGCGAGCUCAGUUAGUAUGUAGCAAGGCCGCCUUAGCUGAUGCUAAACGAAAUCUCUCUCGCCAGUUAGAGUCUAUCCGUGUUGACAUGGUAGAACGUGAAGCCCUUUUUGAGCGUAUUACUGCUGAACGAGCUUUGUUUGAGAAUAUCAGUCGUCAGCGCGCUGAUGAGAUAAGGGAGUUACAGACUCAGGUGUCGAAUUUUCAAAUGGAACUUAAGGCUACUGAAGAGCAUAUCUUGCUUCAGAAGAACAAGCUUUUGGAUGCUGAAGGAGCCUUGGCAGUCGCAGAAAGAAAGCGCAGUGAAUUACAAAACCAGUUAGAAUCCUUUGAGAGAGAACAUUUUACGAAGGAAAACUAUCUAGAUGAUCAAUUCUCCAAAUAUGGUAUCAUCUUAGAAAGUCUGAAGGUUUAUGAAAACGGAGAUAAAAGUAAGGGCAUCUUAAUUGAUGAGAUUCUAGAAGAAAAAGCCACACUCACUGCAGCUCUCUCAGCAUCACAAUAUGAAAAAGAGACAUUGAAUAAAUACUUGAUAAAUUUGAAGGAUAACUUGUUCAGAGUAGAAAAAAGUUUUGUCAUCCUUAGACGUGAAAUUGAAUCCAAGUCUGCACAAAUUAUGGAGCUCACCACUCAACGAGACAGUAUGGCUGACAAAAUUAAAUUUCUUUCCGACCAGUUAAGUGAUUACUGGAAUGUGAUUGAAAAGUUAAGACAAGAAAAAGAGAAAUUAAACUCUUCCUUAAAUGUUUCGCUGACGGAAACCGAAAAUUCCCACAACAAUCUAAACAAAUUAGAUUUUUCACUCCAAAAGGCUGAUGGUGGCUUUAAAACUGUUGCUAAAGUAAAACAUGUAGGAACGAGUUCUCUUUUGCCGAGUCAGAUAAUUGACAAACAACUUACACUAGAGUCGCAGACCAUUCAUUACUUCCCAGUUGCAAUGGCGACCUUUCAAAGUCAACCAAAUACUGCUUCUCUACCGCCUUCAGUAAAUAAUUUUAGUACCUCGGAUGCUACACAUUCUUUAAACAUUCAAGUGAAUGAAGAUAGUUGUUGGCAAAUCAUGGAUUUAAACAAAAGAUUAUCUAGUGACGCUGUUUGUGAUGUAGCUCCAAUUUCGCAAAAUACAAUUGGUGUACCUGAUUCUAAUUACGAUACUCAAAAUAACGGCUCGAACUCACAGGAGAACUAUCCCACAACACCUUUAAGUUCUGAUAAAAAUAUAUUUUGGUCAACGGAUCUUUCGCCUUUAGUUUCUGCCCGUGUUUUGUCUUCUUCAUACGAGCAAAACCAAAUGAGAUUAAAUCAAACAGUUCCUAAUCCAAGUAGUCAGUGUUAUUUUGAUAACUGGCCAUAUAUACAGCAGUUACCAGAUUACCAGAAUAUUGCUAAUGUGGAUUCUGGCCUUCACCUUUCAGACACCCAUAUAACAACCAAUCAAAUAUAUUCUUCAGAUUACCAACAACGUAAUAUGCCUUAUUUAAAUCUAUAUUUAGACGAUAGUCUGAACCAUACUGAUGAGUAUAAAUUCAAUGUACAACAAGAUAAUUCGUACACGUGUCUGUCUAAAGACGAAUGUUCCUCGGAUUUUAAUUGUGAUAUUACAAUUAGUAGAAAUAACAUUUUAAUUCCUAGAGCCAGUUUACCUUUGGACCACAAAACCAAUAAUCUGAACUGUGAUAAAAUUUAUACAGAUCCAUUAAUUAUACCAGAACAACAACAAAAUGUCUGCUUUUCUAACAAAAAUGAUACUUGUACGAUCUUAUCUACUGAGCAGGAUACCAACUAUAAAUGUACUGUUACUGAGGUUCAGAAUAUUCAUACAAAUGAUUGGACAGGUAAGGAGUCAUCUAGUUGCUCUAGUAAUUUCCGUGUUAAAAUAAAUGAAAGUGAAACACCAGUUAAGUUGACGGAAUAUUUCUCAAAUGAUCAUCAAGGGAACCGGACAAAUGAAGUUUUUUACACACAGAAUGUAUCCACUACCUUACUAUCUGUCACUGAAACACCAGAGUCAAUACUAUAUUGCUGUUCAUCACAUGGAAAUUCGAAUCUAACUGAAAUUACUGAAAGUAAAGCAGAAAAACUGAAGUUAUAUCAAGUUGGUGGAUCAAAUCAGUCAACAGUCAUUUCUAAAAAAAGUGAUCAUGAAUACUACUCAUGUUCUGUCACUACUGAAACACCAGAUGAUUCAUUUGACUUAAGAAUAUGCAAUACCCGUCAGUCUAAUAUCAAUACUUGUUCUUCAGAACACAUAUAUAAUACAUCUGAAGCUCUUCUUAUGUCUACUUUUGAUGAACUGAACUGUGUGAAAAGUGAGCGGGACAAUCUUUCCGAGCAUGUUUCGGUCUUGCAAAAGGAUUUAGCCAAUGCUGUUGCUAACUUAACAACUUAUCAGAAAGAGGCAGAAAUGCAGACGCUUAACGCUGAACGUGAAAAAGUUGCCUAUCAACAAGCACUCGAGGCACAUCAACUCACUAUUGUUGAACUUAAUAAUGCCAAAGCCGAACUUGUUAACGUGCAAAAGUUAGUUAGUGAACUUCGUCAGGAAGUUGUCUCUUCAAAAGAAGAAGUCGCAUUAUUGCGGGCGCACGAAGAUGAAAAUCGUUCUCUCUAUGAAACGGAAAUCAAUUCAAUGAAAUCAAUUGUUAAGAUAACAAGCGAUCACCUAUCAACACUGGCAGAAUCACUCCACAAUGCACUGAGUGAAAAAGCUAUACUGCAGAGAGAAUUCAAUCAUUUGAAAAAUAUGAUUCAUGGUCAAUUACAGAAAUUUCGUUUAUUCACUCGUUUGGAGUUAUAUGACGAAUCUAAAAUAGUCAACCAAUUUUCCAUUGGUUCAUUAGCUGCUCUUGGAAUUUAUUUAGAAAAUCUGGUUGAUGGUAAUUCUCAGAUAAAUUUCCAUACAAAGUCACCUCGUAAAUUUAAUCCAUCCUUCGAAUCUCUUCGAACAGAAAUAACGAAACUUGAAAAUGAUCUACUUAGUCGUAAUAUGCUUGUCAGUGACUCAGCUCAAAAUAUAUAGUCAUCAGUUGAUGUACAUUUUCAUUCAUAUGGCAUUUACUUUUAAACUGUACUGCCUUAAAGUGAUUUCAAUUUUUUCAUACUUGUCUGUUUUAUAGAUUUCAGUGAAGAAUUUAGUGAAUUUCAUAUGCAUACAUAUAUGCAGUCUCUCCAUACGCAUACAAUAUAUGUGAUAUACACUUAUAGUUUAUUUGGACUUCUCUGUGAUUGUAUUUCUUGCAUAUUUUUGUCAGCGUGAAGAUCACUUCAGUCUUUCACUUUUAGAUUCAUAAAUAAUUUUUUAAUAUUAGCAGUAUUUCUUUAAAUGAUUAUGAACUCAGUAAAAAAAUCUCUUGAACGUGAGAUAAUUUCAUUGUGCUAAUUAUUUUGUACUGUUCAGACCUAAGUUAACAAUGAGUUAUGUUUUCUUUACUUCGUCUUAAAUACUUUGAUUUAUGCUUCGUGUAUGAUUAGGUGAGGGUAUUUUAAUGUCUUUAGAUGACUAUGUUUAUUUUAUUCCUUAUAAAUGUAUUUCUACUCUGGUUGCUAUUCUAUUUCUUAACUAUUGUGCUGAUAUGCAAAAUUCCCAUCUGUGUUUUAUCUCGCAACAAGUUUAAAGCUUUUUUUUGUAAAUUUAUAACAUAAACAGAUAGAUAAUGGGAAUGCUCUCUGGUUUACUUAGGUACGCGUCUUACUAACAUGCUGGUGAUGAAAAUUAAAUAUAUAUGCGCAUAUAAUAAAUGCAUAAUGUUUCUG